AUGGAGGAAUUGUUGAAAGAUUACAAUCUGGAAAUUUAUACCGCUCCUCGAGUGCCAAUUUAUUUGAUGCCAAAAGUGCAGCACCGUGCAGAACGACUUCCUGAACAGACGUUUCCAAGAUUGACACGCUGCGAAGCAACACUGAAACGAUGCAUGAACAACGUACAAAUCCAGUGCAAAAAUACACACUCCACGUGCUAUCUGAUCAAGCGGAUUAUUGCAACAAAUGUGCACUAUGCUGCCAGCUCUGGACAACUGGAAUUGAAUCUUCAGGUACGAAUUCGACUCAAUGAACUGCGCUCAAUGGAAUUUUUUGGUGUGAUGGCCACUCAGUCUUCAAGCAGCAGCACUGCUACAGCAAAGGCAACGGCACCAACGCUAGAAAGCAUAAGCAGCGCAGCAGUAUAA